AUGUUGCCGCGGCAGUGCUUUAAACACGUCUUCCCAGCCGAAGGCUCCUCCUCCAGCAUUCUCCACGGUCCUGGGUCCAGAGGUGCAGGCAGCAGGGGCCGCACCACCCUCAACUUCCACCGGUGUUGCGUCAGGGCUAGCCUAUGGAGGACCGAUCACCUGCACAUAAGCACCGCUCGAUCGUCCGAGGUGAUUCCUGAUUGCUCGUUUCUGGAUAACAAGUUCGCUUCACUUCUUGUUAUGUUGCUGAGACAGAUUAAGGUACACACAUUGCUGCAAGUACCAGAUGUUUUCAAUACCAUCAAGAGCUGGAGCAAGCUGCAACUGGUCACGGUGACAGGGCUGGCGGCAUGUGUAGUUCUGCUAGUCCCUUCUGCCGGUGCCACUGAUGCUCUCAAGACAUGCACUUGCCUGCUCAAGGAAUGCAGGAUCGAGCUGGCAAAAUGCAUAGCCAACCCAUCAUGUGCAGCAAAUGUGGCAUGCUUAAAUACGUGUAACAAUCGACCUGACGAGACUGAAUGCCAGAUCAAAUGUGGGGAUCUGUUCGAGAACAGCGUGGUCGAUGAAUUCAACGAGUGCGCCGUUUCACGCAAAAAAUGUGUCCCCAAAAAGUCUGAUGUUGGGGAGUUCCCUGUCCCCGAUCCAUCUGCCCUGGUCAAGAACUUCAACAUGGCAGAUUUUAGAGGCAAGUGGUACAUUUCAAGUGGCCUAAAUCCUACUUUUGACACGUUCGAUUGCCAGCUUCACGAGUUUCGUCUCGAGGGAGACAGGCUUGUUGCAAAUUUGGCAUGGAGAAUUCCCACCCCCGACUCCGGCUUCUUCACCAGGGGGGCCGUGCAGCGGUUCGUGCAGGAUCCCUCACAACCAGCAAUAUUGUAUAACCAUGACAACGAGUACCUGCACUAUCAAGAUGACUGGUACAUUCUCUCAUCGAAAAUAGAGAACAAGGACGAUGACUACAUAUUUGUAUACUACCGUGGAAGAAAUGACGCAUGGGAUGGAUAUGGUGGCGCUGUUGUGUACACAAGAAGCAAGGAAUUACCUGAGACAAUAGUCCCCGAGCUAGAAAGGGCUGCGAAAAGCGUAGGGCGGGACUUCUCCACAUUUAUCAGGACAGACAACACCUGUGGUGCUGAGCCUCCUCUUGCGGAUAGAAUCGAGAGGACUGUUGAGAAAGGGGAGAAGCUCAUUGUUGAUGAGGUAAAGGAGAUCGAAGGGGAGAUCGAGGGAGAGGUCAAGGAGCUGGAGAGGGAGGAGGAGACACUGGUUAAGAGGUUGGCAGAUGGCAUCAUGGAGGUCAAACAGGAUGUGAUGAACUUCUUUCAGGGUUUGAGCAAAGAGGAGAUGGAAAUUUUGGAUCAGCUGAACUUGGAGGCGACCGAGGUUGAGGAGCUCUUCAGCCGCUCCCUGCCGAUAAGGAAGCUAAGGUAG